AUGGGGGUGAUAAUUCCCGCUAUACUGGCCGGAAUGGUCACAGUGAUGACUUGGCUUCUUCUCAAACAUUUGCGAAUGCGUUAUCGUUUGAAGGAUAUCAAUCAGCCACGAUCCUACCCUGUCGUCGGACAUGGUCUUAUAACAAAACCCGACCCUGAAGGAUUCAUGAACCAAGUGAUUGGAAUGGGAUACUUGUAUCCAGAUCCUCGAAUGUGCCUUCUUUGGAUCGGACCAUUUCCUUGUUUGAUGCUCUACUCUGCUGAACUGGUCGAAACAAUUCUCGCCACGGGAAAACAUCUUGAUAAGGGAUUCGCAUAUCGGCUACUGGAACCAUGGCUCGGAAAAAGUAUUUUGACCAGCCGAAAGGAACAAUGGCGUCCUAAAAGAAAACUUUUGACUCCGACUUUUCAUUACGAUAUUCUCAAAGAUUUCAUUCCUAUUUUCAAUGAGCAAUCGAAAAUUCUCGUUCAAAAGAUGUGUUGCUAUGGACAAGACACAGAAGAUGGAAAAACUUACGAGAAAUGUUUACACAUUCUGCACAGCUUUACUAAGAAGGUGAUCGUUGAAAGAAAAGAAGCAUUGAAGGAGUCAGGUUACAAAAUGGAAGGACGCCUCGCAUUUUUAGAUUUAUUGCUCGAUAUGGUUCAGAGUGGACAGAUGGAUGAAACUGAUGUACAGGCAGAAGUGGACACUUUCAUGUUUGAAGGACAUGAUACAACAUCCACAGGACUCAUGUGGGCCAUCCAUCUCAUCGGAAAUCACCCAGAAAUUCAGAGAAAAAUUCAAGCAGAACUCGAUGAAGUGAUGGGCGAUGAAGAAGAUGUCACCACCGAACACCUCGCUAGACUCAAAUAUCUCGAAUGUGUUCUCAAAGAAGCAUUAAGACUCUUCCCAUCUGUUCCGAUCAUCAUGAGAGAAUUGAGUGAGGACCAAGUCAUCGGAGGAGUUAGUGUUCCGGAAGGAGUUACUCUCCUGCUCAAUUUACUUCUCGUCCACCGCGACCCUGCUCAAUGGAAAGAUCCAGAACUGUUUGACCCAGACCGUUUUCUCCCAGAAAAUUCGGUUGGACGCAAGCCAUUCGCAUUUGUUCCAUUUUCUGCUGGAAGUCGCAAUUGUAUCGGCCAACGUUUUGCUCUUAUUGAAGAGAAAGUUAUCAUGGCUCACAUUUUGAGACAUUUCAAUGUGACUGCUAUGGAACGAGUACACGAGGUUCGCCCAAAGAUGGAAAUCAUUGUCCGUCCUGUUUCCCCAGUUCACAUCAAAAUCACAAGACGUCGACCAAUAGUUUCGCCAUAA